UAAAACCGAAACAGGAAGAAAACAAAUGUUACAAGUCUAUCGCAACGUCACGAGUUUUUCAUGUCUUGUAACGCACAGUAUAGACAUAAUUGGACGUUUGUUUUUAAAAUGCAACAAUGGAAUCAGGAACUAGUUUAAGGCAGAAGAUAGCAGACGACCAAUUAGCAUCUGAUCUUGUUGUGAGUUUUUUCGUUGCAGCACUGAAAAGUUACAAAUUUGAUUCCUUAUUAAAGCCUUUUCCAUCCUCAUUCAGUAAAGAAGAUGGAGAGAAGGAUAUGGCUUUGCUGGAAAAGACUGUUGAAGAAAUGCCUACAUUGAGAUAUCUAGCUUCCAAUGGCAUUUGUACUGGUGACAGCAAUCUAAACCAGGAUCUAAUAUGUUGGAUAUUGGAGAGAGGUUCAUUUUCUAUACGGACAUUGAAAUCCUCACAGUUUGAAGAGAUAAGGAAGCAAACUGGAGAAACGGUACCAGUCACCAACCCAGACUUUGUGUUUGAAGUGAUACCUAGUGAAGCUGAUGAAGCAAAAUUCAAGGAGACUCGUUGCCAGAGAAAAACAAUGUUUGCCUAUCAUGGUAGUCGACUGGAAAACUUUCAUUCUAUUCUGCAUAAUGGUUUGGCUUCUCAUAUGAACAAGACCUCUGUAUUUGGUGAGGGUACUUACCUGUCCAGUGAACUGUCAGUUUCCCUCCUCUACAGCCCCACAGGCCUGGGAUGGGAAAAGAGUUGUCUUGGUCACAAGCUUAGCUGUGUGGCAGUGUGUGAAAUUAUUGAUGACAAUUCUGUGAAGUGUCAACUGAAAGAGGAUGGUAGCAAUGGACGAGUAAAGAAGACACGUGCCUAUGCUGCCAACAGUGAAGGUGGGGACGUUCCCGAGAAGUAUUAUAUCGUACAGAACAAUGACAUGCUUCGUGUAAAGUAUCUCCUGCUCUACGUGGAGAAAACAUCUCAACCAAAAAGUCCAAUUCGAACACAACGGUGGCACAACAGCUGGUUAUAUCAACACCGAUUUAUAUUGAUGAUUGUACUUUAUGUUCUACUGUUGGUACUUGUGGCUGUCUACAACUCCAGGGCGUUCCAGUAUCAUCUCCGCAAAUUCUGGAAAUCUAAGUAAUCCUGAUUUUUAGUGUGCCUGUCUGAAGGACACGAUCAAUGGUAUAUGGGUGCCAUCCGAUGGCUGUCUGAAGGACAUGAUCAAUGGUAUAUGGGUGCCAUCCGAUGGCUGUCUGAAGGACAUGAUCAAUGGUAUAUGGGUGCCAUCCGAUGGCUGUCUGAAGGACAUGAUCAAUGGUAUAUGGGUGUCAUCCGAUGGCUGUCUGAAGGACAUGAUCAAUGCUAUGGGUGCCGUCCGAUGCCUUUCAGGUGUCCAUCUGAUGUCAAUGUUUCCAGAUAUUGGACCAGAUAUUGGACCAGUAGCAUGCUGGGAUGAUGGAUGACCGAGUUUGUUCAUAUGACCUUGACAUACAUUCAAGGUGACAAAGGAAAGUUGUGUUUGACGGAACAUAAUGAAACUUGGUUGAGAGGAAUAUAAUGUGACACUGCUGCACUCCUUUUUAGCUCACUUGGACCGAAGGUCCGGUGAGCUUAUGUCAUGGCGCAGCGUCCGUCGUCCGUCCGUCGUCCGUCAACAUUUGCUUCAAAUCGCUACUAGUCAAAAAGUUCUUG